AUGGGGGCAAAUAUUUUGUUGACUAUUGCAGCAUUGUCUCUUCUAGUGGCCUCAGUGGCCGGAACCAGCGAAUCGGCCGGUCAGUUUUUCCACGUGGCCGGCAAAGUCCUUUGCCAGGACUGUAACAAGGGCUGGAAUGAAUGGGUCAAUGGAGCCAAGCCCAUAAAAGGCUGCAAGGUCUCAGUUACAUGUCUGGAUGAUAGGAACAGGGUUGUGCACUACGCGAGUGACCUCACUGAUGAUGUCGGCGAAUUCGACAUCGCGU